AUGUGCUGUGUAACUGCAAAAGGCCGUCAUUUGCAAUGGUUCAAUCUAAGUGAAUCAAACAUUCGCGACAAUGAAGACGAUGCUGUUGAGUAUGCUGUUCGAGGAGGCGUGUGCACCAAACAUAAGUACGGCUUUGUUAAGGACGACGGUCACUACGAGGGAGUGGAGACAGCAGCCGCAAUCACGGCGAGACUGUUAGGUGCGGAGUAUGACGGAAGAGCGGAAGCUUCUGAAUGUCCCGAAGACGGCGGGUAUUUUAUGGGAACCGGAGAAAUUUACACGCCUUACGCAUUUUCCAAUUGUUCAAGAAAGAUGAUCAAGGAAACUCUGAAGGAACGCAUGAACGACACCUGCCUCAGCCUCAAAUACGCGCGGCAGUCAGUUAACGGAAGCAGAAAAUACAUGGGUGAAGACCUGUCGCCGAAUGAGUUCUGCUCAUCCCUCCAUCCGAGUUUGAGUUAUUGUUAUCCGGACUAUAAUGUCCUGCCCUCUACCUGCACGGUGGAUUGUUGUACGUGGAAAAACGGAGCAAAGCAAAAUGCAUGGACCUAUUUUGGUCUGGACGGAAUGACUUGCCGUUCUUUCUUUGAAACGUAUAACACUGUUGGGCUUUAA